AUGUUACAGUACAAUUUCAAGAACAAUUCGCUGAACAAUCAUUUCUUAAUCAUGAAACUUCUUAGAAAAAUCCACGGUUCCAUUCAUCAUCCCAAUCAAGUGAAACCCAUUUCUUCAACUUCCCACAUCGUCACUCAAAAACCAACCUUUCCAUUUUUCCCGCCGACCACACCAUGUUUGAAAACGCUCUGCACCAGCGGUCAACUGCAAGAAGCCUUGCUAGAAAUGGCGAUUCAAGGACUUGAAAUGAAGUUUGAUGGCUACGAUUCACUGCUAAACGCGUGUAUUAAUCAAAGGGCCGUGAGAGAAGGCCAAAGGGUCCAUGUCCACAUGAUCAAGACCCAUUAUCUGCCUCCAGUCUAUCUUAGAACCAGAUUGAUUGUGUUUUAUAAUAAAUGCGACUGUUUGCUCGAUGCAAGGAAAGUGCUCGAUGAAAUGCCUGACAGGAAUGUGGUUUCUUGGACUGCCAUGAUUUCAGCUUAUUCUCAGAGGGGAUUUUCCUCUCAAGCUUUGAAGCUUUUUGCCGAGAUGAUGAAGUCGGGUAUGCUUGGAUUUUGCUUCUCUCUCUCUCUCUCUCUCUCUCUCUCUCUUUCUCUCGGUGUUAUUUUCUUGGUGGAUGUGGGGGGUGAGAGGGUUGUUGAUGCAAAUUCG